ACCAAUCACAUUUCGUGAUGUGUCAUAUUUAAUAUAAUUUUAUAAGAUUUACUUUAAAUUAUAUUGUGGGUUUCGUGAUUAAAAUCUGAUCGCAGAAUUUUAAUCGUGUGAUACCCAAUUGUAUUGUAACACUUAAAAAUCUGACUGUCUUGAAAUUCGAUAAAAAUUGAUAGACUAGCCCAAUUUUGCGAGACAAAUCAAACAGUGAGAUCCAUUUCGUCAUCUGAGUUUUAUAAAAUUUUUGGACCCUUGACCCGUGCUUUAACAACUAUAUCAUUUUAUCCCUUUUGUUAUUUUUAAAUUCAAAUUUUCCAGGUUUUAUAAUUUGCACCCUUUUUCGACAUCCUCCACCACUCUUUCUCUCUUUCCAAUAGCAUCCCUCCCCAUUUUUCUAUCAUCACACUCUCUCAGGAGCCCUUUCCACCUCUCUCCACUAGCACCACACAUUCUCUCUCUCUCCCCCCACCCUUCCGACGGUGGGUUCCUCUUUAACUAUCAUCCCUAAGUAGAUAGCCCUUGAUGUUCUUUGUUGAGGACCCUUAUCGCCAUGAUUUCCAACACCUCUACCCUCUUCCAAUGAAACCAUGAUAGCCCCUAAGCACCCACCCUUGAACCCUAGACAGAACCUAGUCCCCUUCCUAUCUCUAAAACCCACAACUAACCUCAACCUCCACCACCGAAACCCUUAAUCAUCUCUAACUAGAACCACCACCGAAAAAUUUAGAGCCCUUCUAGAAAUACCCCACUCAAAAACACAAUUAUCAUCACCUAUAAAUUUAAUAACCAUUAAUUAAGGAAGUCCAAUUGAAUUCAUUAAUUUCCUAACAAACUAAACUAGGCUUGGAGGAUUUAUCACCAACCACAUUGACUGAUGGUUUCAGUUUUGCUUUGAAAUAGUGUUCAUUAAAAUUGGUGGGUAGGUCUAGGUCACUGUUUGAGUGAAAGCAUAUAAACUUCAAUUGAUGAUGUUAAAACUCAAAAGAGUGAGACAAUUGCUUGAACUGAGAAGCUCAAGGCUUAGGAAUAGUGGUUUGUGAGUAUGAACAGUGUGUGAGAGAUAGAUGCGUGGCUGGGCCUAGAGGCUCUAUAAAUGCUAUAGGAAAUGUAGAACGGAGGCAAGAGCUAGGGAAUGAGACAGAACACACAGACUAUAUUGGUUCAUCAAACAAAGAGCUUGGCUAAUCCACUCUAAUGGAGUCACUUGCUCCUUAGGAGGUUUUUUAUUGCUUGGGAUAGAAGAUAGGAGCUACUAAUGCUGAGAUUACAAUUAUUGUGUCUAUACAUGGGCAAUUGCCCUUAUAUAUAUAUCCACACAUGGGGUGGUCCUCACGUUAUCAUCACGUGGUCCCCUGUUUGUUAGGAUUUUGUUAGGGGAAUAUUUGGUUGUUAAAGGCUAUAUUCCCUAGGUGUGACGUGACAUUCUAGACCAUGAUGAGGUGGCAUUGAGACCUAUCCCUAAGUCUAGAUACUUUGUGAUCUUUCAUGUCUGUGAGAGGUCAUUUUGCUUGAGUCGACAUCUUGUUCCUUUGGAUAGCUCAUGGAUAAAGGACAUCGUUCCGUUUUCCAUAUAGAGUCGGCCCAAAUGCAAGGCAACUUAGGCAGCCUCUUAGGGCCUCGCCUGAGAGGGGCCCAUAUUAUUUUUAUGAUUAGUUAUAAAUAUAUAAGCAUUUCUUUGUCUUAGAUUUCUCCUUUUAUUUACCCACAUAAUAUAUCAAAAGCCUUCUCUUUUUAGGGCAUACAAGAUAACUACAAGUUUAGCACUAUUUUUUAUAUUUUUUUUGUGUCAAACUAUUAAAUCAUGAGCAAUUUUGUUGAGAUUUAAUUUAAUGAUCUAAUGAUAUGUCAAGUCAUAAAAGUCUCGUUUAAGAAGUUCAACAUGGUUGCAACUAGAAUAUUGUUACAUUACUAAAUUAACAAAUUAUGUCAGAUUUUUAGGUCUCAACAACAUCUCUCUCAAGUAAUUUAUGUGAUUUUUAUAUGCUAACUCACAAACUUAAAUACAUAUUAUGAAAAUCUUGAGUAGUUUGUAAAAUGUGAUCAACUUUUUUUAUAUUCAUAAGUUGGAUUUAUUUGUCUAGCUGAAAAUGUAAAGUGGUUUUACAAACAAACACUAAUACUUCAAUCAAAAUAUUAAACCGUGAAGAAAGACUAGGCUUUUUCUUUUCCUUUGUUUUUCGGUGCAUUAAGCUUUUUUUUUUCCUAAUAUGUGUAUUGCUUAUACAAUAAUAUUGAUAAUACACAUAUCAAUUGCUCUUGCAAAAAAAAAAAAAUUAAAACUGUUCCUACUUGUGAUGAAUUAUGUCACAAAAAUAUUAAGGUCAUACUAUGUAUUCAAAAUGUUAUAAUAAUAAAACUCAAGUAUGGAAGGUAAAUUUAGUAAAUUUUACAUCUCAAAAAAUAAAUUUUAAUUGUAUUACUUAUAAAAUAACAUUUUCACCUAGGGCUCGGAAUAGUACUAGGCCGCCCUGCUUCCUCAUGAUGUGAUAUGGAUGGCCUAGGCACGUUUACCUAAGCUGAAUGUACAACCAGAGGUAUGGAGACAGACCUCAUUAUUGGACCCUUGCUGAAAACAAGAUACGAAAAUAUCCUUUCACUCAUUUUAAGUAUUAUUUUUGGUAUCAUCAUCAAUAAUGGCUAAAAUCUUCAGUCACUCCUCUAUUUGUCUCUUCCACUCAGUCUCAUUGUGUUUCCAUGACUAGAUAGUCCGACUAAAAUAAUCUAAUUUGGGGGAGUGUGGUUGAGGGUGGGAGACUGAGAGAGGUAGAGACGGGGGAUGUGUUUUUGACUGAGGUGGCAAUUGGGGUGGAGCUGUAGUGUACAACUGACAUUGGUUGUCUCUCGAUUGUUGCAAACUUGAAGACAAUGACAUGGCCUCGUGGGAUUGCUCUACUCUAAUACCAACAAAGAUUGAACUAGUAUAGAAUUUAAACUUGUCUAUCUUAAUGAAGGGCCUCAUUAUCAUUUUAUAAUUUGUGAGAAUAAUAAGACGGAUGUCACUGUGUUAUUAUCCAUAUAGAAGGGGUGGUUCUUUUCAUUUGGACAAACCUCAAGGAAGGUGGAUGUAAUUUACCGUUUUUUUUUAAAUGGUCCAAUUGUUAAUUUAUGUUCAAAUAACUAGCAAAUAGGGUUAUUCUUUUAAUGAUGGCCACUGCAUAUCCUCUUUAGUUAGUUAUUUGGGCAGAUGUUAGCGAAAGAACCACUUAAAAAUAAAUUGAAAACCAGAGAGACUAAAAUAUUAUAAUUGUUAGUUAAAGCAUCGAAAGUGAGGCUGACCACCUACUUUGGGGGACGACAUGUGUAUUAUUCCGUAAUAUUAAUGAUAUGAGAAAAAUAUUAACGCAUUUAAUGAUGAGAUUUGAGUCGAGGAUCCCCUUGUGGCAAUAGUCAGCGAAUCCAGACCUCUUUCUAGGGAAGAAUGAAAUUGAGAGAAUUAACUAAGUUGCCAAGCAUCAACUAGGUGAGCACCUCAAUUCUUUCUUUGAAUUCUAUUAGAUUUGUCUCUAUAUAAGUAUACAGAAUAUGUAGCUAAAAGUUAUUUGCACAUGCUCCCUCAUUUAGUCAAUAUGCAUGUAGCCACACACAGCAUGCCAAUUGGAAACAGUUUAAUAAAGAUGAUCCUACUGUGAUUGCUGUAAUAUUUAGCAAAUUGCAUAUGAAUACGCAAAGAGGAGGGCCAAUCUUGUAUUGGUUGCUCGAAGAGAGAAUAGGCUCCGAGGGAUUGGUGAGAAUGCUGGACGGCUGGGCGCAAGUCACGUGAUGAUAACUGCUGCUGAUGUUGUCAAGGAAGAUGAUUGUAGGAGGUUCAUCAAUGAGACCAUAAACUUUUAUGGGCGUGUGGAUCAUCUAGUAAAUACAGUCAGUCUGGGACAUACUUUCUACUUUGAGGAAGCCAACGAUUCAUCUGUGUUUCCCAUUUUGAUGGACAUAAACUUUUGGGGAAAUGUGUAUCCUACAUACGUUGCUCUUCCAUACCUGCGACAACACCAUGGUCGAAUCAUCGUUAACGCUUCAGUUGAUAGCUGGCUACCUUUGCCAAGAAUGAGCUUAUAUUCUGCAGCAAAGGCAGCUCUAAUAAAUUUUUAUGAGACGUUGAGAUUUGAAUUGAAGGAUGAUGUUGGAAUAACACUUGCAACACAUGGUUGGAUUGGGACUGAUAUGACCAGGGGAAAAUUCAUGCUAGAGGAAGGUGCAGAGAUGCAAUGGAAAGAAGAAAGAGAAGUUCAUGUGCCUGGUGAUCCAGUGGAGGAGUUUGCGAGGUUAAUCGUUUCUGGGGCAUGCCGAGGAGAUGCUUACGUGAAGGUCCCGAGCUGGUAUAACAUAUUCCUUCUAUAUAGGGCGUUUGCACCAAAUGUUCUGAAUUGGACAUUUCGCUUGCUUUUUGCGGAUCACCCUGCAAGAAAAACUUCCUUCAUUGGCACGGGCAAGCCUCUUCUGGAGUCACCCACUUCUAAGAAACCUAUUACGAGUCCCUAUACAUUCGCCCAAGUCGCUCUUCAACAGCAGCAGAAAAUGGAGUAGAGAUGUCACGUACCUGGAUUUUGCAUUUGUUAAUGUUAAUUUGUUUUCUGUUGGGCUUGUGAACUUUUGUCAUAAACCAUUGUGAGAGUGCAUAGAACAAUUCAAUAGGUUGCUCAGAAGAACUUUGGCUGUAGUUUCUAAAUAUGG